AUGCAUAAGAUACUAGAAUUUCAAGCCGUCGUGUUGGCAGCGGGACGAGGAUCUCGCAUGCCUGAUGUAGGAGGAACAGUAUCAAAAUGUCUUUUGCCUGUUGGUCCAUAUCCUGUGUUAUGGUAUUCAUUAAACAUGUUGGAAAAGUUUGGAUUUCAAGAAACCAUGUUGGUUGUAUUAGAUGAAGAUAAAUCUAAUAUCAUUAAUGCACUGGAGAAAUGCCCUUUGAAAAUCAAAUAUGACUUGAUUGUUAUACCGUCAGAAGAAGAUUGGGGUACGGCUAACUCUCUCAAACAUGUUAGUAGUAAAGUGAACACAGAUCUUAUAGUAGUCUCGGGAGAUCUCAUAACCAAUAUUAAUUUAAAUGAUGUGUUAAACCUUUACCGAAAACAUGAUGCAGCUCUUGCUACACUCUUUUUCAACAACGGACCAGAAGAAUGGAUUGAAUUACCUGGACUUAAAACUAAAGCAAAACCAGAUAGAGACUUAGUUUGCAUAGACAAAGAAACAGAAAGAUUAGUUUUUCUUGCCAGCGCUAGUGACUUUGAAGAAAAUGUCACAAUACCAAGAUUACUCAUAAAGAAAUUUAAUUCUAUAAGCAUGUACAGUAGAUUAUUAGAUGCCCAUGUAUACGUAAUGAAGAAGUGGGUUGUGAAUUAUGUUGUUGAUACAGACAAAUUUACUUCAGUCAAAGGAGAAUUAAUACCUCAUAUUGUUAAGAAACAGCUUGCUAAACCGAAAAACCAAGUCGAAAAGAAAGGUACCUCGGAAAAGAAUGUAGAUAUAACUAAAGAUAUUUUCGAUUAUGCCGUAGAACAAGGCUAUGAGAGUAAGAUACGAAAAAUGUCAGCUUAUAAUGACCAUACUUUAGGGAGUAAAGGUGUUUACUAUAAUGAUACAUUGCGGUGCUAUGCUCAUAUACCUGAUAAAAAUACAUUUGGUAUCCGAGUGAACACUUUAUCUGCAUUGUACUUGUCUAAUAGCAAGAUACUAUCAAAAUGGCAAGAAAUAACAGGAACUGAACUGUUAGAGAGGAUACAUCCCAACAGUGAAGUUAGCACAAAACAAAUUGAUGAAAAUUGUACAGUUGGAGAGAAAAGUUGCAUUAGUGAGAAGACAUCAUUAAAAAGCACAUUCAUUGGCAGUAAUUGUACUAUCGAAAACAAAGUCAGAUUAACAAAUUGCAUAUUAAUGAAUAAUGUUACUGGUAUAAAUCAAAUUUGGAAAAAAUUUCCAUUCUUUGAUGAAAUACCCCAUCCUGAGUUUAUAUUGUUAUGA